AACUCUUUAACUCCUUUUACUUUCCUCUGGAUUCUGUCAUAUGUAUGUAUUUUCUGGGUUUGAACAUUAGGGAGACGUCUUGUUUUGAAAUUAUAAAAAACCCCAUUUGUGGCGAAAAAGUUUUAACUAUUCAUGUUGGGUUCACAGGAGACUCUUACUUCACUUACAAGUGAUGUUACUUCCUGGGUCAUUUUUGUUUUGGGUUUUAGACCGUUAAAGUUUCUCUCUUUAUUGCCCUUCAUCGUCUCCUGCAUGUGUUUCCUACCCUUUCAAAUCUGUACUUUAUUUUUGGGGGGAUCUCGAUUUAGUUUUAUCUCUUGAUUAAGUUGGAAAACAUGUGCGUACUCCUUCCUUUUUCCGGGUUUGAAGGUUUCUUCUUUGAGUCUGUUUCAUUCAUCUCUUUGAGUGAUGGUGCUUAGCCUUUUUUAGGGUCUCUUAAUUUUGGUCAAGGUUUUUAUAUCUGGUGGGGACUUGUUAUAUACAUAUAUAUAUAUAUCUCUCAGUUGGGGCCUUAGUGGUUUUGAUGAUUAAUUCACGAUUCUUUUAUGGUAAGUGUUUUUGUUGCACUUCCAAGUUGUUGUUCGUUAGUCCUUAAGGUUUUCAAUUAUCUUGAUUUGCACGUUUGCUUUCUAUACACGGGGUAGUUUUUAUUUAAUUAACUCUUUCAUAUUGAACAAGUUCUAAGUUUCUUAAUUUUGGUCUAGGGAUUUGGUUUCAGGUGGGAUUAGUGAUCUUCUUGAUUUAGUGAGUCUUCACAUUGUUGUUUCAUUCUUAAGUUGCAAGUGGGGGAUUUUGGUGUUCUUUUAUGGUGUGGGAAUGCUAAGUUUCUUCAUUUGGAACUCUUCUUUGCAUCUUAAAAGCUGUGCUUUCUCAAACAAUAUCAAGAGUGAAGUAACUCUUAUGGUUGUAUUAGCUUGAUUUUUAGGUUGAAGUUCUUUGGUUUCAGCAAUGGUGGUGCUGGGAUUUAUUCCUUUGAUUUGCUUCAAAUGGAUAUUGUUUGCCUGCUUUGUUUAUUCCUCUCUGGGUCUCACAACCCAAAACCAAGUGUGUGAUCGAAGUGAUUUGUUGGCGCUGGAAAAUUUUGCCAAAAGCUUCUCAAAUGGGUCUAUUUUUACAUCAUGGUCUAGGGAUUCCAUUUGCUGUCAGUGGGUUGGAGUUGUUUGUGGUGACCAGAGUAAUGUAUCAGUUCCAAGUAGAGUGGUCAUGUUGAAGCUGACGAGAAAGGGUUUGAAAGGGUUGAUUCCGCGCUCAAUAGCUGGAUUGGAUCAGCUGAAAUCGCUUGAUCUUUCUUUCAAUCAUCUAGAAGGGGUAUUACCUGUCGAGUUGUCAAAUUUGAAGCAGCUGGAAGUUCUUGAUUUGAGCCACAACAAUCUAUCAGGACCAGUUUCAGGGGUGCUUUCUGGUUUGAAGAUGAUUCGGUCAUUGAAUGUUUCUGGUAAUUCAUUCAAUGGGGACUUGUCAGAGCUUGGGGAAUUUCCGAAUCUUGCUGUGUUCAACUUAAGCAACAAUUCAUUCACUGGCAGUCUUAAUUCCAAAAUCUGGAGAGCCUCAAAUGGGAUUCAGAUUCUUGAUUUUUCGAUGAAUCGUUUUGGGGGCAAGCUUGAAGGCUUAGAGAAUUGCAGCUCCUCUCUGAAAGAGUUACAUCUGGAUUCCAAUUCACUUGCGGGCGUUCUUCCGGAUGCCUUGUAUUCCUUGUCAUCCUUGCAGCAACUCACACUCUCUGAAAAUCAUUUCUAUGGCCUAUUGAAGGAUAAUUUGAGUAAGCUCACUAGCCUUAAAUUCUUGAUUAUUUCUGGAAAUCAGUUGUCAGGUCGAAUUCCUGAUGUGUUUGGAAACCUUACAAACCUAGAAAUCUUAGAUGCAUCCUCAAAUUCAUUUUCUGGGCAAUUGCCUUCGAGUCUGGCUCUGUGCUCAAAGCUCCAUGUACUUGACCUUCGAAACAAUUCAUUAACUGGUCAGAUUGAUCUUAAUUUCACUGGAUUACCUAGUCUUUGUACUCUUGACCUUGCCUCUAAUCAUUUCUCUGGGCUCCUUCCAAAUUCUCUAUCUGAUUGCCGUGAAUUGAAAGUUUUGAGCUUAGCCAAAAAUUAUUUAAGUGGCCAAAUCCCUGAGAGUUUCACAAAGCUAACGUCCCUUUUCUUUUUCUCAUUGUCAAACAAUAGUUUUGUGGACUUACCUAGGGCACUUAGUGUGCUGCAGCAGUGCAAAAAUCUCACCAUUGUUAUACUUACAAAGAAUUUCAUUGGUGAGAAAAUUCCGGAAAAUGUUAGUGGGUUUGAGAGCUUGAUGGUUUUAGCACUUGGAAAUUGUGGCCUUAAAGGCCACAUCCCUCUUUGGUUGUUGAGUUGCAAGAAGUUACAAGUGCUGGAUUUGUCAUGGAAUCACCUGGAUGGCAGUAUCCCUCCUUGGAUUGGUCAGAUGGAGAAUUUGUUUUAUUUGGACUUCUCAAAUAACUCUCUUACAGGUGAAAUCCCAAGAAAAUUGGCAGAGCUCAAGAGCCUCAUUUCUAAUAAUUGUGGUUCUUCCAACGUCACUGCUUCUAUUGGCAUUCCACUAUAUGUGAAGCGAAACCAGAGUGCUAAUGGUCUUCAGUACCACCAGGCAUCGAGUUUCCCUCCAUCAAUAUACUUAAGUAAUAAUAGAAUAAAUGGGACAAUCCCACCUGAAAUUGGACGUCUGAAGCAGCUCCAUGGCCUGGAUUUGAGCAGGAACAACAUUUCUGGGCCCAUCCCCAGUUCCAUUUCAGAGAUGGCGAACUUGGAAGUAUUAGACCUCUCAUUCAAUGAUCUAACUGGGUCUAUCCCCCCAUCAUUUUAUAAACUCACAUUCCUGUCAAAGUUUAGUGUCGCAUACAAUCACUUGCAGGGAGCAAUUCCAUCCGCAGGACAGUUUUAUAGCUUUCCUGCUUCAAGCUUUGAGGGUAACCCUGGUCUUUGCGGAGGAGUAGAUUCUCCUUGUGGUUCUAAAGACAGUAAGCUGAAGCCUGGAAUUCCAUCUGGUUCAAACAGUAAAAUUGGUCGAGGCACCAUCAUUGGCAUAACAUUCAGCAUAGGAAUUGGGAUAGCAAUCCUCCUUGCAGUUGCUCUGCUGAAGUUGUCAAAGAGGGAUGAGGAGGACCAAAUUGAUGAUCUAGAUGAAGAACUGAGCCGGCCACGCAGAUUAUCUGAAGGACGUGGUUCUUCGAGAUUGGUGCUUUUCCAGAACUCAGAUUGUAAGGAUCUUACUUGUGCAGACUUGUUGAAAUCUACAAACAAUUUUAACCAGGCAAACAUAAUUGGUUGUGGUGGGUUUGGCCUGGUUUACAAAGCCAACUUGCCCAACGGAACAAAAGCUGCAAUCAAGAGGCUUUCUGGGGAUUGUGGUCAAAUGGAACGUGAAUUCCAAGCAGAAGUGGAAGCCCUCUCAAGAGCUCAGCAUAAAAACCUUGUUUCUCUUCAAGGUUAUUGUCGGCAUGGAAGUGAUAGAUUGUUGAUUUACUCUUACAUGGAGAAUGGUAGCUUGGAUUAUUGGCUUCAUGAGUGUGUUGAUAAGGAUUCAAUUCUUAAAUGGGAUGUUAGAGUCAAGAUAGCUCAAGGUGCUUCUAAUGGAUUAGCUUACUUGCACAAGGUAUGUGAGCCACAUAUUGUUCACCGAGAUGUAAAAACCAGCAACAUUCUUUUGGAUGAAAAAUUCGAAGCUCAUUUGGCUGAUUUUGGUCUCUCAAGACUACUUCGGCCUUAUGAUACUCAUGUCACAACAGAUUUGGUUGGCACUUUAGGUUAUAUUCCUCCAGAAUACAGUCAGACAUUAACAGCAACAUGCAGGGGUGAUGUUUACAGUUUUGGUGUUGUUCUACUAGAGCUUCUUACUGGUAGAAGACCUGUUGAAGUUUGCAAAGGGAAAAACUGUAGGGAUUUAGUUUCAUGGGUGUUUCAGAUGAAGUCCGAAAAAAGGGAGUCAGAGAUCAUAGAUCCUUCAAUCUGGGACAAGGAUCGCGAGAAGCAGCUCUUAGACAUGCUCGAAAUUGCAUGUAAAUGUCUAGACCGGGAUCCAAAGCAGAGACCCUUGAUCGAAGAAGUUGUUUCAUCGCUUCGUGGUAUCACAACCGAGCCUGCUCAGCAAUGAAAUUCAUUCCUGUGUAAGUUCGCAUUGGGGGGUACAGUGGUAUACCUGUAAAGCAACACUCAUCUUCCAAGUUUCUACAAGGUUGAUAUGAAUCUUGACCAAAGUGACUUUGGUUUCCUGUAAAACAACAAUCCUAGAGUUCUCUGUACUGACAGAUAAAUGUUGUAUACAUAGGCUAUUUUGUCUAUUUAUUUUACUUUAAAUAAGCAUCAUAUAAAGUCCAGAUUUUUUUUUUUCCUCAAUUCUUGUUCAAUGUAAAAAUGGAAGCCUUCCUCUGUGUUAUAA